AUCCCAAGAUGGCCGCCGUAGCCAGUUUGGUCGUUUGGUGAAAAUUGUUUUACAGUAUCGAAAGGAAGAUAACGUUUUAUAAGGAAUUAUCGAUUAAUUAUAACGUAUAUAACGACUUAAAACGUCAUUUUUAAGGAAUAAACUCAUUAAUUAAAGGGUUGCCGGCCUCAAGUCGGUGGAGAAAUAUAAUGGACGAUUGUCGCGCUCGAAGAAUCUUCUCUCGUCAGUUGUCUUCGGUACUGGAAACCACAUGAAUUUUGGAAAUGCUGAGAAAUGUUUAUUUCUGAAUGGAAGGAAGAAAGGUGUUCGCUACAUGAACACCUAUUCCUUUGUCAUCUAUGAUAAUUGUUAUAACGUAUUUUACUUGUUUUGCCUGGAACGGAGGGCAGACCGCCCGAAAGUGAGCGAGGAGUGCUCGGCAGAAAGCCAUGGCUAAAAAAUCGGAUGUUACGCGUACUUUUAACGUUGCGGUCGUGGGACUGUCCGGAACGGAGAAGGAGAAGGGAAGCACGGGCGUGGGAAAGUCUUGCCUCUGUAACAGAUUCAUUCGGCCUCUUGCCGACGACUAUUACACGGAUCACAUCUCUGUUCUCAGUCAGACGGAUUUCAGUGGCAGAGUAGUGAAUAACGAUCAUUUUCUAUAUUGGGGAGAGGUCACCAAGACCAGCGAGGAAGGAACGGAUUUUAACUUCCACGUUGUGGAACAGACGGAAUUCAUCGACGACUCCUCGUUUCAACCAUUCAAGAGCGGUAAAACGGAUCCGUACUAUAAAAGAUGCAGUAUUACCAAGCUCACUUCUGCAGAGAAGCUGAUGUAUAUCUGCAAGAAUCAGUUGGGAAUAGAAAAGGAAUAUGAGCAAAAAUUAAUCCCUGACGGCAAACUGAAUAUUGACGGAUUCAUAUGUGUGUUUGACGUGAGUGAAGUGCAGGGACGUAGUGUGGAAAAGCAGGCCGAAUACACAUCUCUCAUACUCAAUAAUCUUAUAAAAACUAAAAAGCCAAUCGUCCUAGCUACUACCAAAAAUGACGAAGCCGUCGAUCAGUACAUUAAAGAAGCAGAACGUCUGGUCAACCGCAGGGAGUACAGAAACAACAUAGUAAUAAUCGAAACGUCCGCUCACGAGAACGUCAAUGUCGAACUGGCAUUCAUCGUCCUGGCUCAGAUGAUUGACAGCCGGACAAAGACCAAGAGUAAAAUAGUGCCAUUUGUGGACGCAGCCAGGAUGAGAAAGGAAGAACUGGAUAUCGCCACCGAAGCAUACCAGCAACUCAUACGUUCUCAAGUGACAGAUUACAGGGCCGUGUGGAAUUCGGUCAGUAAAAAGUUCUCUCCUAAUCAAGACUUCAUUCAUUACUGUAAUCUGUUCGGUCACGACGCCGCUCUGAAAAUGUUUAGAAGACACGUUAAAAAACUUAAAGAAGAAUACAUCGGAAGGAAAAUACAAAUGUACAUUAGGAUAUUACCCGAAGUACUUAGCGAAUUACUUCCUAAUCUCAACAGCAUAGGGGACGGUGAUUGGCAGACUGUUCGAGACAUGUUGCGUCAGCAUCCCGACUUUAAUCAGUAUUUUCUCGAAAGUCCAGACGAACAACCUUGGCAAGAGAGUGAUCUUGUUGAUAGUUCGGAAACACGAAUACCUUUUGAUCUUCUAGAUACUGCGGAAGCGGAGAAUUGUUUCGAGGAACAUAAGGCGGCAUUAGAUUCAGAGCAGCGAAGAAAAGAAAUGAGGAAACAGUUUAAACAGUUGUUAGAAGAAACCGGUUAUGUCACUCCGGGAAAGCUACUCUCCGAGGUUCAGGUACUGUUCAUGGGUAGAGAAUGUUACGAAUCCCUCUCCGAACAAGAUCUUCAAGAGAUUUAUGAGGAACACCAAAGAGAGAUAACCGAGCGCGCUAAACAGAACUUUCAGGAACUGUUGUUAGAACAUGCAGAAUUGUUUUACCAUUUUGCCAGUGUAGGUCCAGGGAGUGUCAUUACUCAAGAAGAUAUCAACAAGAUCACUAGUACUUUACAAGAAGAUUUAAGGUAUAAGGCCUUAGACAGAUUGGAUCAGGAACGAAUGCUGAUGCUGCUUCGACAUCUUGGAUUCGUUCACGGUCCAAUCAGGGAACAUUGCCCGGCUUUUCCGAAGUGCAUGGAUUCUCUGAUCGAAAAAGUCAUUGCGCAGAAAGUUCAUAGGCCUUCAUCGUGGUCAAAAAAUAGUCAGUGGUUGCUGGAGACCGAGAACAAUCAACUCAAUCUGGUUUUGCUGGGAUCGGGAGGUCUGGCCGAAGAACUAAAGAACGCCAUAAAGGCCCAGACGACCGACGACAUAUAUGAAAUGGAUAAAAUCCAAUACACUUUAGAUUUUAGAAUUAUCGACGGUGACGUCGGACUGCCUCACAAUUCAUUUAGAACUUUAGAAUUUAUGCCUCAUGACAUUUGUCUUGUAGGGUGUUUCUGUGUAUAUUCUAAUCCGCAAACUCUGGAAUACAUCAGAGAUAGUUUAGAAAAGACUCUGUUGUCCAACUUAGAACAGGAAGAUCGAUUGCCAUUUCACGGUCUUCCCAUCGUCAUUCUCUUCGCUGCUGAUGCUAGCAUCAAUGAAAAAGAUCUGAUGUUUCUUCGAGAAGAAGGACAGAACAGAGCCAAAAGCCUUCAAUGUCCUUUCAUCGACGUAAGCUCAAAUGAUUCAUCGUCAGAUCAGCAGUUUGAUGAAACAAAUCUCAGUCAAGCUCUACAGUCAUUGAUGCAAAGUAUACAGAGACGUGCAAGCUUACUUCAGAUAUAUCAUACUCUUCCAGAACAACCCAUCAAUCCAGAUAUUAGGAUUAUAAUGUGUAUGUUGUGUGGUGAUCCAUAUACCAUAGAGCACGUAUUAGGUCCUCUUCUUAGUCAUCAAUGCUGCUUCGUUACUUCGCCGCACACUAUAACUCUAGAAACGUAUCUGGGCGACUCAAAAAGGAGCGUGGAAGUCCGCGUGACGUCCUACCACGGAGCCAACGCGUACAGAGACGAAUUAGUUCACGGAUUUAUUCUUGUUUAUUCUACAAAAAGAAAAGCUUCGCUUUCUACUUUAAGUGCUUUCUCUAUGAAUAUUCCUAACAUUCCAAUACAAAUUUUGGCCGUGACCGAAACGGGAAGCGCCAACGCAUUUUUCUCGAGCGAAUUAUCUCAUCAGCUCAUUACGGAGGGAAACGCCGUCGCCGACAAAUUACAAGCCCAUUUUAUGACUUCGACAGCUACUUGCCAACAAAAUACUGCAUUUUAUACACCGUUUUUUAAAGAAGUCUGGGAAAAGAAACCUCAGAUAGAAAAGGCAUUCCACAUGGAAGAUUUAGAUUAUCCGAUCGAUGGUCGAACACCCAUACCGCCUCCAGUUCCUUCUCGUCAAGAAUCUUACCAUAUACGUAGUGGAUCAUUAGAAGAUGGUGCCGAUUCGGAAAGUCUCUACGAACAACUCCCGAUGGACAACAGCCGGCCCGAAGACGAACCCGCGUCUCCGGCCAGUUAUCUGGACGGAGGGCCUCUGAGUCUGAGCGACGACAGCGACCUGUAUUCCAGCGUGUACAGUAAAGAGAACGGAGAACAUCUGGUGAAGCCAAGCAGGGUCAAAAACAAAAGGAGCCUUCCCACGGGUUGGGUGGAAAACAGGGUAUACGAACCAGAAUUUCGAGGAAGGGAAGGAUGGUUAGUGAAUGAGGUCUAUCACACGUAUCACACGGACAGGCAUAAGGCACCUCCUCCGACUCAUCCGAAGCCGGGAAAAACAAAGCAGCCAAAGAAACUCGAUUUAAAGAGAUACAACAAUCUGACAGACGUAAUUGGGAGGCUGAGUCUGACUACUCAGAAGCAGGGCGGCACGUUUCCUAAAGUCGGGCUCCUGCACGCUCCCCUCGCGACGCCCGAGAGCGUCGAUUUGGGAAGCGAAUACGCGCAAGUAAAAGAUGCCGUACCUCUGUUUUCUGCUGAUCCUCACGAGUAUGCCUACGCCGUCGUUCACAACGCGUUGCCCGACAGCAAACCCCAACACGUUCGUUCCCUGACGAGACGACACCCUAACAGGGAAGCCUUCGACAAAGGCUCGGAUUCCGACAGCGAAUGGAGCUCUCUGGAGCGCAGACAGAGAGACAUAUUUAACAAGGGGAGCCACAAACCGUUAUCGCACAAGAAAACUCGAAAAAAACGAGGCAUUCCGGUCGCUCCCCCGAGAAUACCAUCUUACGAGGGGCCACCACCCUCACUUCCACUUUACUCUGGGGGUGAAAGAAGAAUGAUGACUGCUCAUUCCCUUGAUCCUCUAGAUAAAGUACGUGGUAGUGGUGACAACUCGCCCUCCGAUGGAAGCGAUUUAUCCGACGACGACGACCCACGUUAUAAGUCUGCGCAUCGUCCAAAAUAUAAACAUAGACGUUCCUUUCGCAUGAGGCGUAGAAAGCAGCAGCAGCAGCUCCACCAUCAACCACCCCAGCCUUCCAUGGGGGAAAAUCGUCAGUUUAAUGCACUAACCUCUGAUAGUGAUCUCUUCUCUCCCUCAUCCAAGACAAAGCUGGAACAGUCGCUGACCUGCAUGCCUCCCCACGAAGACGACUCCAGUUACGAGAUGGCAUCUCCGCGAGAUCCCGCCAGUGCAGCUCGAAUGGGAAGUAUGUUAAGAACCAGAGGUGAAACAGAAAAGAUUUCUAGGAAAAAAGAAGACAAGAAAAAAUUGAGAGAGGACGAAAAACUAGAAAAACGCAGGCAGAAAGAAGAAGAACGGCAAAAGAGACUCACGGAAAAGAAGAAGAAGAAGGCAACUCAGUCCAAGAGUGGCAGCACCGCCCAGCCAGUUCAGGGUCUAGAAGAUUUUGUACAGUCGGAAGACAAGGCCGUGCCUCUCUUCGUGGAAAAGUGCAUCAAAUUUAUCGAGGAAGAAGGACUCGACUCCGAAGGUAUCUACCGUGUUCCCGGAAACAGGGCUCAUGUUGAACUUUUAUUUCAAAAGUUUGAAGAAGAUCCUCAGAUUUCUAUUAGAGAUUUAGACAUUCCGGUCAAUGCCGUCGCAACGGCACUAAAGGACUUCUGUAAACGGCUUCCACCCUUAAUUCCAUCCCAACUAAUGGAUGAACUAACAGAUAUAUCAGGUAUUUCAUACCGCAUACAAGAUAGGAGCUGUCGAUUAUUUGCUUUGAGGGAUCUUCUGAAGAAGCUUCCAUCUGUAAAUUUCGAGAUUAUAAAGUUCAUUUUCCAGCAUUUUGUAAAAGUGGCAGAAAAUUGCCGGUUAAACAGCAUGGACAGCAAGAAUCUAGCCAUCUGCUGGUGGCCCACACUGCUUCCUCUAGAAUUCACCGACAUGGACGUUUUUGAGAGGAUGCGACCGCACCUGGAGGAUUCCAUACAGACGAUGAUCGACCAGUUCCGUUUCCUGUUCUGCGGCGAAGAAGAAGUCGUAAUGGUCUGAAGAGACGAAGCCACGAUUCACUCAUCGGUCAAUUUUUCUGAGAAUCGGGGGGAUCGGAUAAGCCGCACGAAGGCAUCCCUCUACUCGAGUCGUCAGGCGAUUGGAAACGGGCCGUUCUUAUUUCGGACAGGCAGUAAACGGUACUCCAGUCUCCGGGUUUUCGGCAAAGUGUGUGGCAUGAUGAUAGGUGGUGCAAGAAAUGUUUGUAGGAAAAAAAAGAAAAAAAUCUAUGUUAUUUUACAGUUUUCUCUGUGAACAGUAGAAUGCACUUUAAAAAAACAUGUGUCGUAGAAUGUAUAGACUCAAAGUCCAACAGCCAUGUGAAUGAAACUACAAUUCCCAAUUUAAAUUCUGAUUUUUAUAUAUAUAUAUAUAUAUAUAUAUGCAUAUACAUAUAUAUAUAUAAGUCAAUCAAUAUGGGAAUACCGAUUUUGUUUAUUUGUUUUUUUCAUUUGUUGCACUGUUAGGAGAGCAUGUAGGUAGAAGUGGAGAUGUUAGGCAUUAUAUAGAAAAAAAAAAAUCUAGCCAUAAAGAACCAAAGGAUUCUCACUGUCUGUCAACAUGCUCAUCUCAGGUAAACUAGUUGUAAUUUGCUGUAUUUGUACCACACAAAAAAAAAGAUCUGACUGAAUAAUCAAAGAAGAAUGUUACGGGCAGGUUACGCCCCACGGAAUCAUCUCCCAAAAACAAAAAAAAAAAAAAAAUCGCAGGACGUUAUUUUCCAACGCGAGUAUUUACCUUCGACGCACCUAAGGUGUCGGCGGCAUUUACACCCCUCAAAAUUUCUCAAAAACAAAAAUAAAUAAAUCACAGGUGACUACAGUGUAACCACGUAACAACAGCAAAAAAAAAAUUUUCUCACUCGGCAUAACUAUUCAUUCCUCACAUCUUUGUACGUUGUGUAUUGUCAUUUCCUGUAUCCAGGUUUUGCAGCACAGCACGGUAUCGUUAAAGUGGUCAAUGUUGCCUUUUAAGUGAAAAAUUUUCAUUGAUGUAUGCAGAUAUAUAUAUAUAUAUACAUAUAUAUAUAUAUAUACAUAUAUAUAUAUAAGUAUAUAUGUGUGUAUAUAUAUAUAUAUCAUAUCAGCUUCUGUGAAGGAAAAAAAAAACAAAAAAAUUUAAUUAAUUGCUUUCUGUAAAUUUCAGUGACUUGUGAUAUGUAAAUUUUAGUUUUUGUACAGAAAUAAUAAUUAAUAACACAGGAAUAUAGGCAUUUCUUUUUCAAAACAAAAUAUAUAUAUAUAAAAGUGGGCCCGAAAAGUUGAUGAUAACGGCGAUUUUCGAGAGAAAACGUGUACUUAAAGGAAAAACAAAACAAAAAAAAGCAUGUACAGGUUUUUUAGAAAGGGUGCUGCGAAAAGUAGAGUGCAUUCAUCAAAAUGUUUGUACAGAAUAUUAAUGAAUUGUUCGGUUUUUUUUAGUUUUUUAAUUAUUAUUAAUUUCUUUGCACAUACUGCAGUCGAGUUUUGCGGUCGUAGUCUUGUGUCGUCAUAAAAUCCCCCCCAAAAAAGACAAAAAAAAAAGAAAAAAAAGGUUGGACGACUCGAGCCUUUCUAACUACAUUGGCUAUACUGCUACACUAUUUGUCAGAUCGAGGUUUGAAAAUUUAAAAAAAAAAUACGGUUUUUUCCUAUCUAGUAAUAAUAAUAAUUGAGGAAAAAAUUAUAUGUAUAUUAUUAUUAUUAUUAUUAUUUAACAAAUUAUAUAUAUUUACCUUGUAUAAUACGCAGCAUGUAUGUGAUCUAGUCAUAAUUAUUGCUUUCUUUCCACAUCAGUUAAGAGAGAGAGAGGAAAAAAGGAGUUUUGCAUGAGAGUUUUUACAUUUUUUUAGUACCUUUUUCUAAAGUGUGUCCAUAAUAUCGAGGAAGAAGAAAUAUAAAUAAACAUUUUCUGCACCUUUGUGGAUGGUAAAAAAAAAUGAUGAUAAUAAUAAAAAUAAUGCAUGAGAGAGUAUUUGUUUCUAGUAUUAAAUAUAGUUAGUUGCAGAGAUUUCUUAUUAUGUUAACGCAUUGGUCAAAUCGAAAAUAUAUCGACUGGUACGUGCCAAAAAAGAAAAAUUAAAUAAAUAAAAAUAAAUUGGAGUCAGGCAUUUUCCAGUUCUAGAAUUCCCAGUUCCGGAAUAAUCGUCAUCUCAGGUUCAAUUCUAGAUUGUGAUAUAUGUUAGAAAAGAAUUCGUGUUGUUCGAAUGGAAUCUUUGAGCUUUAUUUUCUGUCAUUUUUUUAUUUUCUAUUCUGUAAUUAUGAUUUCAAAUAUGGGAAUAGAUUCCAUCCUGACUAGAUCCUUUCUUUGAAAAAUAAAAAACAAAGCAAAAGAAAAAACAAAAACAAGAGGGAAAAAUAUAUAUAUAAAAAAAAACAAAUCCAUUCUUACUUCUUGUUAAUCCUUGAAGUACAAUGUAAGUUGGUUU